CCGGCAAGUCGAUACGGUCCGAGCGCAGCGCCUUGGAAAUACGACAACACGGCUGGGCCGGGCGCGGCGGCCAGCGCCGGCAGGACGGAGGGACGGCGUCGAGGCGACCGGCUGGCAACAGCCUCCAUCCGCAGCGGCAGCUGUGAGCUGUCGCUCCCAUUGAAGCUCAGCUGGACAGCGGGCGGUGACGACAGCUGGACUGAGGAGAGUGCCAGAGACCUGUGGUCGCCGCACAACUACUGCACGAAGUCUGCGGGACCUUGGAUAUUCUCGAUCGGCGAAAUUUAGCGGUGUGGUGCGUUGGUGUGGUGUGGUGCGUAAUCUGCGGCGAUUCAGCGGUGUUGUGCGUAUUUUGCAAUAGCUAUUUAUUUCAUCAUCACAUGAUAUCAUUUUUGUGUUUUUCCUUGUUAAUGGUUGACAUUGCGAAGUGUAAGUGAUGAGAGCGCAGGGAAAGUAGCAGAACUCAGCGAAACUCACGGUCUGCCAUCCGAAGAGACCUCUGCAGGUGUCGUGAAACUUCGCGUGGAGGCGCGCGCCUUGGCCACGAUCAGCCGGCGACCGCGGCACCUCCGGCUGUCGCCCGACCAUGCGCUCGAAAAACUUCUUCCUGGGCGGUCGGUCCCGUACAUUCAACGUAGGCUCGUCGCGCGCACCGCCGCGGUUCAUCCCCGCGGCGGGGGGCGGAGCGGCACCGCUGCCGCCGGCGCAGCCACCGGAGCCCGGCCGACUCCCGCCGGCACGCAACCUGGUCGAGCGGCUCAAGCAGGAGCGGGCCGGCACGCAGGGGCGCUUCCGCACGCGCUACGACCCGCGUGUGGUGGCCAAGUACGAGGUGAAGGCGCUGGUGGGCCGAGGCACCUACAGCCGCGUGGUGCGGGCGGAGAGCCGCGUCACGCGCCGGCCGGCCGCCAUCAAGAUGAUCGAGGUGGCCGCCGGCCGCGGCGCCGGCCGACAGACGUUCGACUCGGAGCUGCGCAUCCUGCGCAAGCUACGCCACCCGAACGUCAUCCAGCUGAUAGAGGUGUUCGAGUCGCCGGAGAAGCUGUACCUGGUGCUGGAGCUGGCCACCGGUGGUGACCUGUUCGACCGGAUCCAGUCGCGCGGCGUGUUCGGCGAGUGGGACGCGGCGCGCGUGCUGCGCAUGGUGCUGGACGGCGUGCGGUACCUGCACGGUGUGGGGGUCACGCACCGCGACCUAAAACCAGACAACGUGCUCUACUACCACCCCGGCGCCGACUCCAAGGUUCUCAUUACGGACUUCGGGCUGGCGGCCGCCCGGCAAAGGGAAGACGACAUCUACAUGUAUACUCCAUGUGGUACUCCAGAGUACAUUGCGCCCGAGGUGGUUACCAGGCGGCCGUACACAUGCUCCGUGGAUAUGUGGGCAAUCGGAGUCAUGACCUUCAUCAUGCUCAGUGGCACCUUUCCCUUCGAGAACUCAAGUCGUCUUCGACUGUACAAGCUGAUCAUGAGGGCCAAGUUCAGUUUCGAGGGGGAGGCCUGGUCGACCGUCUCCGAGGAAGCUCAGCGUUUCAUCUCAUCGCUUCUCGACCCGAACGCCGUCACACGCCGAACGGCGGCGGGGGCGCUAGCGUGACCCCUGGAUCACCCAGCUGGCCACCGUGCCGGCCGGCCAGGCGGCCUUCAGAAGUCGCGACCGGGCGC